UCAGCAGUGGGGCAUCUUCAUGAAGCAAAGCAUCCCUGGAAUGAUUAGAUAUCAAUGAUUUCUAAGUGCAGGUGGAUUGGAAACGUGCCAAAAGAUGCCAAGUGAGAUGCUUGAGAGCAGCAGCGGGAUGGAGGAGACAGUGCAGAAAGAGAGCAAACCCGGAGCCCACAGCCCUCGCCGCGGCUCCGUGAGGAGGCCUGUGGCAACGACUGUCACCUUUGAUGGAGAAGCCACUAUGGACCGCAGGAAAAAGAAGAAGAAAGAGUCYCGUCCUGAGUCGAUAAUAGUGUAUCGCUCAGAGAGCGAGAAUAAGGUGGAAGAAGAGCAGGCAGAUGAAGAAGGAGGGGAGAGGAGCUCUGAGGAAGGCUCCAAGUUCCUGGGUCAUUCCACGGCAGAUGGUGUCUGGAGUAUGCCCUUGGACAGCCGGUACGUCACCUUGACUGGAACAAUCACCAGGGGAAAGAAGAAGGGUCAGAUGGUGGACAUCCAUGUAACGCUAACAGAUAAAGAGCUGCAGGAACUGGCAAAGUCAAAGGAACCUCCUAAAGAGGACAUACCUGAGAAGAAAAACACAUGUGAUGUUGGGCUGGACAGAGGCCCUCACAUCGUCCUCUGGACCCUUAUCUGCCUCCCCAUCAGUUUUGUAGUGUCCUUUGUGGUUUCAUUCUACUAUGGAACCAUUACAUGGUACAACAUCUUUUUGGUGUACAACGAAGAGAGGACCUUCUGGCACAAAAUCACGUUUUGCCCCUUUUUGAUCAUCUUCUACCCAUUCAUAAUCAUGGUCUUGUCUUUUUCCCUAGGCCUGUACUCAGCUGUGACCCAGGUGACCUGGUCCUUCGGGGACUGGUGGCGUGCUGUCAGGGAUAUGGAGAAGGGCUUCUGUGGCUGGCUCUGCAGCAAGCUAGGYCUGGAGGAUUGCUCUCCAUACAGCRUUGUCGAGCUGCUGGAUUCUGACAAUAUCUCAGGUAGUCUCUCCGGCAAGAGCUCUGCGCAGGGGGUUGAGACUUCAGCAGUCUGAGCCUUUGUCCUGGCUGGCUCUUUUGGUCAUAAGCAAGUGGUUUUCACCUAGAAAAUAAUUGAUUUUUAUAUAUAAAUAUAUUUAAACAAAAACGUAAUAAAUAAAAUAUUGGGCCCGGAGUGCCCUUUAAAUGUCACAGAAUGCAAGUGUGCUAGCUCUUUGUGGUCUGGGUGGGGAGGUGCAUGGCUCUCCAAUGACUUGUCAUCUGUUUUAGCUAAUUACAGCUUUGUAGUAUAGUGAGAAAAUCCAGGUCCAUGGGGCUGAGGUUCCAUGCGGGCUGGCAGGGAUAUAUACUGAAAAACCCACUUCUGUAAAGGUCCUCUUAGGAAAAGGAAGAUAGCAGUGAACCAUAGAUCCAGUGAAAGAAGUCUGUACUCAGGAGGUGAAUUUUAGGAGACAGGAAUUCAUACAGAGGUGCAGGUUAAGUUGCAGGUUAAGUUGUGUGUGAUAUUCCUGCAGUUUUCCUGCUAGAAGGGGUUACAGCUGGGAAAACUUCUUCAACCAUUCAGACAAGUGAACAACCCCUUCCAGGUAGGCUGAGACAGUGCCAGGGUUUGAAGGACAGACAACAGGCUAAGAAGUGCCCCAUCUUUCAGUGGACAAAAACUGUAUAGCUCUUGAUGGAAGCCUGACACAUACACUGACCUGAAAUGCCUCUAUCCCAUSAUCAAAGUUUAGGGCUUGCUCUGUAAAGCAACACAUGAGAAUUUGAUCGUGUGGCAAACAUGUCACCAAGAACCCCAGGUUACAGCAGGUGCCCRUAUAUGUGAUUAGGAAGUACGUGAAUUGCAUCUUUUGGUAAGUGCACUUCUAGGAAGGAAUGGCCUUUAGGAGUCUUCAGCAAGAGAACAACAAGGGAGUCUUCAGCAAGAGCGCCUCCAGUUGCGAUAUGCAUCCAAAAGAGCUGCCCUGAGAAGGGAUGGUCAGUUUGAAUGUCACUGCCACUUACAUGUGCACUGGUGGCACGUGUGUUUAGGGUUGUGGAUUUGACAGUGCUUGGGACUGGAGAAUCUCACUGCAAUGGUCAUUUUUCAAGUUGCCCUUAUAGAAGAGAUGCUGAAUUGUUCUUUCACAUUGGGGAAGUCCCUGAGCCCGCUUUUGCUACAGCAAGUGCAAACCAUCUUAGUGUCUCAGCUCUGGAAAUCUCUCAUGGUUAAUUACAUGGAAGAGCAUGGAUUAUAUUUCCUCAGGUCUCAGUCUUGUAAUUGGUUUUCCAAUUUUGGAACUUUGCAUGGCAUCUUAGCGGGCUUCCCAGACAMGCCGAGGUGGUCCCCCAUAGGCUGGAGAAAUAUUAGUUGUCUAAAAAAUAACAGGCAAAAAAAGUUCUUUGUCUGGAUUGGGUUUGGGGCCUAAGGAGGGCACAUGAGUAGAUUUAGAGAAAUGUGUAAUAGACUGUAACUGGGACUGGGUUACAAGUAUCUGAAUCCUCCGUGAUUUUGAGUACUCUAGUUCAGCUGGUGCUGCUGGAAAGUCUGGCUCUGCCCAAGCCUAGAAGGGCCCACCAUUUGCAUGCAUGUAGGUAGAUAAUUUAUAGUGUGCAGUCAUUCAUGUCUAUAUAGGUGUUUCACUUCCCAGUCUCCCUACCAGAGCGGGAGCUGCCUUAGUUUGAGGAUGCUAAAAAGGAUCAUGCAGAAACUGCAUUUCACAGGAACUCAAACUUUGUGUUGCAUUUCAAGGAUGACCUCAAGGUUUCACUGACUGGCUGUCCAGAUGUCCCUGGAUAUUUAGGGCCCUGUGAUGUGUGGACAAAUCUGUCUGAUGCUCUAGACCUGACACUGAGCAGUAAGUAAAGUCCCUGCUACGUGUUUGGUCUGUCCCAUUCUGGAAGGUCCAGACAAAGCUGCCAAAGCUUCUGGUUUGAGAAUUUAGAAUGUGGACAGUAUUUAGGUUGAAUAUCUUGGCUCACACUUCACUGGCAAUGCAGAUGUGCCCCUGGGCACAGAUCUGGCCGGGCUGUGUUUGCCCCUUUCUGCUGCAUUGGCCUCGCUUACUGGCUGAGGCUUUAAAGGCCGUGGCUCACAAGAAGAUUCCAACCUCUGGGCAAUAGCAGAUAAUUCAGUGGGGUUCAAAAAAGCUAAGAUGUGCACUGGAACCAGUUCAAGCAAAGAAAUGCCUUUCACAGGGCUAUUUCAAUCAGAGAGUUUGGUUUGCCUCUGAAUUAAUAGAGAGGCUGAAGAUGAUAAGUAACCCCAGUUCUGGCAGUGCAGCAGCUCUGCUUAAUCUCCUCCCCAGGCAAGAGAUGAGGUAGGUGCCCACAAGCCUGGAGAGUGGGAAGAAGUCUUAACAGGCUAAUGUUAGUGCCACUACAUGUUAAUGUUAAUGCCACCACAAAGUGCUGGCAAGGAAGAUCCCUUGGCAAGACUUGUCUCUUUGCCUAGAGGACUGCAGCAGGCAUGAAAGGAGGGGACUCUGUGCCUUGGACCCACAUGAGGCAGAUGAGUGGGUUUGGGGGAAGGAUGUCUGGCAAGUGCAUCACUGCAGAGGGAGACCAGCCCCAUUCAGCUACAGCUGGCCAAGCUAGAGGAAAGACCGGAGCCAGUAGCACAAAGAGUCUUUAGCAUACAGAAGAUUCGAAAGACAAAUACCAGCUAUUUGCAGAAUGCAGCCGUGGAAAUGCCUGCUGAGCUAAAGAUUUGCUGUCAGGAUUGCGAAGAGCCUGCUCAAUCAGAGACAAAACCAAACCUGUGCCUCUCCCUGCUGUGUCCCCCCUGCCAUGGCAGCUGUGCUUCUGCGAGGACUGAAACUGCUUGGAGGUCACCUUCUGGGGAAGGUGUUGGAACCAUCCAUCAUGUUUUUUACUUCUCUACACUUAACCAAGCUGGCCUCUGUUCCUGCUGAAGUCAGGAUGCUCUGCCAUCAAUUUUGGUAGGGGCAGAUUUGAGCUUUGGGUUAAUUCUGGUGCUAUUUGUAAUAAUAAUAAUAAUAAUAAUAAUAAUCUUUUCUCCAAAUAACUCUAGAUAGCUUUCUCUCUUCCCUGUUGUUCCCUACAGCUAUUUGCCUGCUGCAAGAUAUGAUCAUAAUCACUUGCUGUAAUAGGAAAAAGCACAAGGUUUUGUCUUGUUUUACCCUUGCUUUCAGAAUUCACGUAUAAUUUCUGCKUAUGUGCCAUUGUCAAACUGCAGGGAAUUGUACUAAUUCUGAUUGUUGAGUGUGUUUCUGGCUGC